GACAUGUUACAUGGCCACUAUGACCACCACGGCCAUGGGGACAGGUACCAUGACCACCAUGGCCACCACGACCACCAUGGCCAUGGGAACAUGUUCCAUGGCCACCACGAGCUCCAUGACUUCCACCACGGUCACAGCCACGGCCCCCACGUCCCCAUGGACGCUGCCGAGCGCCCGCCCCCCAGGACCCCUCCGCCGGCCCGGCCCAAGCAGGACCAGCUGCAGCUGUGGCUGCACGCCAUGGGGGCCACGCUGCUCAUCAGCGGYGCGCCCUACCUCGUGCUCUACCUCAUCCCCGUGGAGUCGAACGCGCCGCGGCACCGGGCGCUGCUGCGGGUGCUGCUGAGCUUCGCGGCGGGCGGCCUGCUGGGCGACGCCUUCCUGCACCUCAUCCCCCACGCGCUGGUGUCCCACACACACCACGGAGAUGGCCCCAGACCCAUGGAGCCCCAUGGCCACGGCCACUCGCACCAAGGUGAGGAGCACGCGCGCGUCCUGGCCGUGGGCAUGUGGGUGCUCGCUGGCAUCGUGGCCUUCUUGGUGGUGGAGAAGUUCGUGCGACACAUCAAGGGCGACCAUGGUCAUGGCCAUGGUCACGGUCACAGUCACGGCCCCAAGGCCAAGAGCAGCUCGAGCGAGGGCGAGGAGGACCCCAAAACCUCAGGGCUCCGGGACAGAAAGGCCACCAAGGGCCAUGAGAACAAGAAGAAGAGCAGGGAGGUGACGAAAGCACCGGAGGGAUCAG